AUGCUAAAAUUAUUGCUUUUGUCUUAUUCUUUCAAUAGAAUGCUCCAAAAUAGUUAUGUGUAUUACCCAGACUUACGGCCAGAGCCUGAGAACUACAUCAAAUGCAGCGGAACCAACGAAAUGAGGGAGGAGGUAGAAGCUUUAGAGAGAAAGCUUUUCCUUGAAGAAAUCGCAUUCGAUGUUACAGACGAGAGAUGUAAUUUAUUGGACAGAAAUUUGAGGUAAGGAUUGCAGUCAAGAGAGUGUUGAACAUACCAAUUAAGAAACGUAAUAAACUCAAAACAUGAAAAAAGCCACUGACCUGAAAAAAUCCAGUUAUAUAAUUUUGCUUUUAGCUUGGGAAAAGAGAAAUACGCCUUUGUAUGCAAGAUGAUGAGUUUAGCAAAUUUUCUUUUCAUUCAUUCUUUACUGGUGAAAGAGGCAAAGACGAUAAAGAAUUGAAUGAGAUCACGGUUCUGUUUAAGUUCCCCUAAGUUAGAAAGAAAUGUGUUGGUCCAGAGCAUAUCAGCUGAGGUCAAAGCGGUUUUGACGGGCCGGAAACCUCAUCAAGAGAGCCGGGAUAAAGGUUCUUUAUCUUCUCUUGGCCUCAUUUAUUAAUUUAUUACAUAAUAAUACACCUUCAGAUUUGGUGCCAGACCUGCAGUGCUCUUAAAUUGGCUUCUCUCCCCCGCAGACGCAUACAGACGUAUAAUCUAACCCCAUGUUAGUCACUGUGUUAGUAAACAUAUGCGAAGUAGCGCUGAUAUACUUGUCCUGGGCCCCCAACGGACUCAACGAAUCACCGAAAAUGCGGUUUCAACCAGAUUGACAAAUAUACAAUGUCUCUUUUUAACAGCCAAUCGUAGCAAAAGCCGUGAGUUACUUUUCGGGUGGAUGAGAAGCGACAACCGGAAAUAUGUCUGCGUUCGCAGGCUAAUUAUAGCGCGUACUCAAGUCAACGGACACCCCCCAUAGAUGGGGACCCAGAGCAAGGAUUUCGGCGCUGUUUCACAGACAGAAGUUAAGAAGUUUACAACAACGUAACAACAAUCAACCAUUUUAUUUGCCAUCUUCAAAAACGUUUACAAAAACAAAAUAAACUAAAAUAGAUCAAGCCAAAAACUACUGAGAAUAGCAAAAGUUCUGUCUGAGUUUCAUCUGUGGCGCAGGCUAAGUUUUCUCCUGUUGUUAUGUAAAAUGUUGAAGAUUUUAUCUGUUGUUUCUUUUACAGCCUUCUUCAACAGAACGAAGUUAAUCUCCAGUAUGAAUGCUUAAGCGGUCAAAACAACCUUGCUGCGUUGAAACUCAAACACGAGGCUUGUCAGUUUGGUCUGUAUCAGAAAGCAAAUCCGAUUGAGAAAUGGGCAACAAGAUCACUUCCAAAUCUGUAUUUCACAUCAUUCUAA